AUGCCACAUCUGCGCUCGCACGGACCACCACCACCAGUCAAGCAGUCUUCAUCUCAAUUGGGCCAAGGCCCUCAGGUUGCUUCUUCAUCCUCUACUCGGUUCCCCAACUUCGAUUCCACCCCGUUACCCACCCCACCUCCUACACCACCACCUUCGCCAAACCGUUCACCUAAAACUUCACCCAAGGUUUCCCCACCCGAUAGUCCUACUUCUAGUACCUCUAGUAAUCCAGAAAACUUAGAACCAAUGGCCAACCCUAGGAAAACCGUCCAUCAGCAAGCCACCCAAAAUUUCACCGGCCUCGCUUCACCCAUCACCGUUCCACCCAUAGUCAACGACAACUCAUGGCAGAUUCCAUCUUAUGCCAUGCAAGCCAUCACCAAUACCAUCCAAUUCCAUGGCCGAGACGAUGAGGACGCCCUGGCCCACAUAAACCGUUUCUCUCGUAUGCUAGCUACCUUUAGCCUUCACGGUGCACCCAACGAUGCCACCUACCUACAGCUUUUCCCAUUCUCAUUAGCCGGCCGUGCGGCUACUUGGUUGGACUCUCAACCAACCGGUACCUUUACCACAUGGGCGGGGCUUCGUCAAGCCUUUUUGAAUAAGUAUUUCCCGCCCGCUAAAGCCUCACGCCUUAGAGACCAAAUCCACUCCUUUCGCAUGGAGCCCGACGAGCCCUACUACCUUGCUUGGGAGCGUUUCCAAAACCUGUGUGCUCGUUGCUCCCAGCAUGGUCUUUCCGACUGGGCUUUAUGUGAGAAAUUUUAUAACGAGCGUUUUGAGGCAUUUGCUCAGUCUCAAUCCCAAUCACGAUCCGAUCAGAGGUAUCAAAGUGGUGGUUCCAACACCACUACUAGUGCACCCGCUCGAGGGGUGAACCAUGUCACAAUGGAUCCUAGUUUAGCCUCUGUUUUGGAAAACAUGUCUAGGGAACUCAAAGAAAUCAAGGCUAAGGUAGACAAAUGUGAGUAUUGUCGAGGGGGUCACGACACGAAUGCGUGUCCAUUACUUGUUGGUGAGGAACAGGUCGAUUUCGUAGGAGGAGGGUUUGGUAGAGGUCAAUCUAGCGGUUUUGGUAAUAAUAAUCUUGGGUCGGGUUGGCGAAAUAGUAAUAAUAACUUUAAUAAUAACGCUUUUCGCUCAAAUGGACCCCCUGGCUUUCAAAUGGCUCAAAACCCAAAUAGGGGCCAAAAUUCACUCUUUGGUGGGGGUUCAGGUGGGCAGUUCAACAAAGGGUUCAACGGGCAGGUCAAGGAUGGGGGGUCGAAUAACCAAGGUCAAACAGGUCAAGGUUCAAGCUAUGAUUUAGGGGGUAGUUUAGAAAGAAUGGAGUCCAUGAUGAGCCAACUAAUUGUUAGGGACCAAACUACUCAAAAGACCCUUAGUGAACACGACCUCAUGCUUAAGAACCACCAAGCCUCAUUCCAAGACCUUCAACGAGUCGUAGGGGAUAUGUCUAGAAAAUUAGAAGAGAGGUUACCCGGUCAAUUUGCGGGUAAUACCCAACCCAAUCCCAAUGCCCAUGCUAAAGCCAUUACCACUCGUAGUGGCAAGACCGUAGGAAACCCAAGUGUAGAAGAGAGAGUAGUUGAUGAAGAGGGAGAUGUGAUAGAUGAGGAGAUCGAAAUGGAGGCUCCCGGCAAAGUGCAAAAUAGGCUAAGCCCAGCAAGUACCGCACAGCCCGGUGAGUCUCAAAGUGAGAAGAAAGUUGAGAAAACCCCAAUAGACGUUAGACCUUCACCCUUAGUGAACCAUGCGUAUGUUCCGUUUCCCUCACGCCUUAAGAAUAAAAAAUACUCAAGGGAAUACGGGCAGUUUUUGGACAUCUUCAAGCAAUUGAAGAUUAACCUUCCAUUUAUAGAGGCCCUUCAAUCGAUGCCUAAGUACGCGAAGUUCUUGAAAGACCUCCUUAGGAACAAAGAAAAAUUAGGAGAGUUGUCUAACGUCCCGUUGAAUGGGGGAUGUUCCGCCAUUGUGUUAAAUAAGCUUCCUGAAAAGCUUACCGAUCCGGGUAUUUUUACCAUUCCUUGUCUAUUCGGUAGCAACACCAACACUCGAGCUUUAGCCGACUUAUGUGCUAGCAUCAACUUGAUGCCCUUUUCUCUUUAUGAGAAGCUAGACCUAGGAGAGCUUGCACCUACCUGA